GUGUGAGAGCAGGGACACUGAGAACACUGAGAUAGACACACACACACACACACAGACACAGGGACACUCUGAACCCUGAGACAGACACACAGACAGACAAAUAGAGAGACAGAUAGACAGACAGCGAGAAAAACAGACAGACAGAGACAGGCAGGCAGGUAGAGAGAGGGACAGACAGGACAGGACGAAAGAGAGACAGACAGGAGGCAGGAGAGACCACAUAGACAGAAAGAGUGAAAUACAUUUAAGGAAGUAAGAAAAAGGCAGAAAGAAAAAGAGAAGCAGCAGCACAGGAAAUCAAGCCCGACUACAACAAUGAGGAGUCCUAAAGAAGAAACACUUGAAGAGGAUUUCUAACCCCUUCCACCACACUAAAGGAAUACCAGCAGCAGUAUCUGGGAUAUUAAUACUCACAGCACUGCAACAGAGAUACUACCAAGAUUACUCUACCUGGAAUGUCAGUACUCAGAGAGCUGCAAAAGAAGUGUUGAGAAGACCACCUGGGAUAUUAAUACUUACAGGAAUAUGACAGGAGUACCUGAAAGUGUUGUAGUAACAGCACUGCAACAGGAAUACUGCAAAUAGUACCUGGAAUUAUAGUACUCAGUGCAUGCAGUGCUGCAACCGGAGUAUUGCAAAGACUCCCCGCGAUACUGAAAUUCUGUACCUGAGUGCUGGAAUAUUUCCACUGGAAAACCUGCUGUGCUUAUUGGUCUUAUGGGAGUCCAGGAAGGAUCUGGGAGGUCAUGGAGAGUGUGAGCGUCCCAUCCAACCUCACCAUGGAGACAAACUCCUCCCCCUCCUCCGAUUUGUCAUCGUCCGACUACAGCGAGGCGGAGCUGGUGUUGCUAGGCAGCCUGAUGGCGUUGCUGGUCCUCGGCAUCGUCUUCGGCAACGUCCUCGUCAUCACGGCCAUUGUGCGUUUCCAACGGUUGCAGACGGUGACCAACGUAUUUAUCUCGUCGCUGGCGUGCGCCGACCUGGUCAUGGGUGUGGUGGUGGUACCGUUCGGGGCAUGCUACAUCCUGCUGAACAACUGGCACUUUGGCAACUUCCUGUGCGAGCUGUGGACGGCAGCGGACGUGCUGUGCGUGACGGCGAGCAUCGAGACCCUGUGCGUCAUCGCGCUGGACCGCUACCUGGCCAUCACCUCGCCUCUGCGCUACCCCUCCCUGCUCACCAAGCGCAAGGCAUGCCUGGUGGUGCUGCUGGUGUGGGCGGUGGCGGGCCUCAUCUCCUUCCUGCCUAUCCACAUGGAGUGGUGGGUGUCGGACGAGGUGGAGGCCGUGGCGUGCCUGAAGGAGCCCAGCUGCUGCGACUUCAACACCAACGCCGCUUACGCCGUCGCCUCCUCCAUCGUCUCCUUCUACCUGCCGCUGGUCGUCAUGGUGUUCGUCUACGCCCGCGUCUUCCAGGAGGCCCGCCGACAGCUCGCCAAGAUCGGACGCAGCGAGGGUCGCUUUCACCUGGCCCACGCUGCCGCCGCCUCGGCCAAUCAGAACGCAGGAUCGGAGAUUGGAGAGGAGGGGGAGGGAGGAGGGGGAGAGGUGAGGAUCCUGAAGCGUUCCAAGUUCUGCCUGAGGGACCACAAGGCGCUGAAGACCCUGGGCAUCAUCAUGGGCACCUUCACGCUCUGCUGGCUGCCCUUCUUCCUGCUCAACGUGGGCGUGGCCAUCUGGAAGGUGGACGACAUCAAGAUCACCUUCAGGGUCCUCAACUGGAUCGGCUACGCUAACUCCGCCUUCAACCCCCUCAUCUACUGCCGGAGCCCCGAGUUCAGACACGCCUUCCAGGAGCUGCUGUGCCUCAGAGGAGGGGUGUGUGGGGGCCGGCGGGCGGGGCGAGGGGCGGGGGUGCCCUUCUUCUGCCCCAAGAGCAUGGGUCUCUCUGUCCGUGUUAAGCGCACCGCAGACAAGGCGCGCUGCCACGAGCAACGGGAUCAGCGGAGACAGGACUUGCGCCUCUACAAGCGCCGGUCUCUUUCACACUCUCCUCCGCUCUUCCGUUACUAG